ACAUGCAGCGAUUGUCGUCUGCCGAACACAACAAGGUUUCCAAGCGCAAGGGCACUCGCUCAGUCUCGACGCUCACCCCUGCACAGCUCGCUCGCAAACGCGCCAACGACAGGGAUGCACAGCGUGCCAUCCGCGCCCGCACUAAGGAGCACAUUGAGCGCCUAGGAGCCGAGCUUGAUGAGCUUCGACGUGUUCACUCACGCGAUCAGCCAGUCCAGGAGCUUCUUCGCCAAAACCGCAUGCUUAAGGAGGAGCUGCGCUCUCUCCGGGAACCAGUUGGUCUCUUAAGCUCGCACCACUCGAGUAGUUAUCUGCCUGCUGCGUCUUACUCAACGCCCGCUACCCUCGCCAGUCCGAGGACCUCGCCUUAUCCGUCCGCCGACUGCACCGCGCCACCACCACCGCCGCCUGGCAGCCUGCCCGAUUACACAUCGGCGGGCUAUGGACCCUUUGCUGGCAAUGCACACUCAUCAGUACCUUCAAACGGUACCAGCUAUGAGAGCUGGGCUACCGCCGCAUUUACCACCUCCGUGCCCUCCAAUGUGUCCAGUCCGUGCUGCACUAACGAUAAGUACGGUUCCGGUCCGGCUUCCCUAACUACUCGCGCCCCGAACCCUAUGGUCCUAUUACCAUCUGGCUUAAGGCCUAACGGUAUUAAGAUAGAGUAUGAAGACGUUAAUAGUAGGUUAUCUCCCUAUCCCAUAUCACUUCUUAAGAGCUAG